UUUUAAUUUUUCUGAUUCCCAUUAUGCCCUUAAAGUCAAAAAUCCUAGAGCUCAAAUCUUCUCUCUCUUGUUCUUGGCUAUUUCGGAGAGAGACCAAGGGAAGGAGCAAAAAAUUUCCAAUUCCCGUUGGAUUCCGGAACCGGAGGGUGGCGGCGGCUCGAUUCCAGCGAAUGUGUUUUGCUGCAACCGUGAUAUUCGGCGCAUGUGCUUCUGAUUCGUCGCCGUUGCUGAUCCCGACUUGUGGAGUAAAUUGUAAGGUUAUCUCAAUGUCUAAGAUCUCACACCAAUCAGUGGCUACGCCUACUGGCUUGGCCUCGGUGUCCACUAUUCCGGCAUGCAAGGUCAAUCAGUUGGUUCAGGUUGCACAGAAGUGCCAGAGUACGAUUGCUGAAAGGGGAUCUGAUGGGGUUUCUCAGCAGGAUCUACAAGCAAAUAGUAAUUUGGUUCUGACAGCUGGGUGGUAGCUCGCAAAGAGUUUGGAAUUGCAGUCGCUGAAUGACUUGGCUUUUCUAAAAUAUAUGUGAGGUGUUUGCAGGCAUAUUUUAUUGCAUUCAUGGACGUGAUUGUUGAGUUAGAAUAUAAUGUUCAUUUUUUUAUGUUAUGUAUAUCUUUAUACUUGAAUUUUAUUUUAGUUGCUAACUUUCUAACUUUUAACAGAUAUCAGAGGUUGUGAACAACAUGAAAGAUUUGAUUGAAUUCUGCCAGGAAAACAAAGUUGGCCCAAUUGGUAUUUUCCUGUUUUCCAAUUCCUCUUUCCAUUUUGUAAUUCUCUGCUGCUGCUUUGCAUGGAGUUGAGCAUAUUGUUAGUAAUUUCUUGUUCAAUUAGUUGUAUAUUUGUAUUCCGGCACCAUCUUAGACAGAUUCUUGAACAAACCAUUAUAUGGUUUUGCCACUGAUAUCCGCUUGGUAUUGCUUGUAGCUUUAAUUUACUCAUUCUAUGAGUUAACUAUCUUCUGGUGAAGUAGUUGUAGUGUUCAAUUUGGAGCUAAUAGGCAUGCUUCUUGAGUAUUAUGUUUAAUUAAGUUAAUGGAGGUUUUGGACAUGGUGGAUCUGGAGUUGACUAGAAUCAGCUUGUUGUCGUCUUCACAUCUUUCCUGUAGGAAGUAAUGUUGCUCUUGUUUCUUGUAUUUGAUAUAUAAUGCGGUGAAGUUGGUAUUUGGCUACUUAUUUCUUGCUCUCAUUGAUUCUUUCUCAUUUCCUUCCUCCCUCUUUGUUGUGCCAAACUUUUUGUGAGCUCCUAUGUUUUGCUUGUUGCUUGUUUCAGUUGUUGAUUAUAUUUCUUUAUAUUGAUUUCUUUGAUUGACCUUCUGCUGAAAAUUGCAGAGGGCUUGCAGGUUUAUCCUCGACAUGCGAAUGCAACCAAGCUGCAGAUGCAAAGGAUGCAGGAAAUGGAGCAGUUAGCAAGUGUUCAGGGCAUGCCAACUGAUAGGAACACAUGUAAUAAGCUAAUGGUAAUAACAACCAGCACAUGGCCAGUGGAGGAGCUUUGAGUGGCUCUGCACAAGCAGCUUUAGCGCUGACCAAUUACCAAAAUCUGCUCAUGAGGCAGAACUUGAUGAAUUGAAAUGCAAAUUCUCUUUUUUUUAUUCUUAAACGAGGAGCGAUUCUUAAACGAGCUCUCAUCUCAAGAUUAUGUGAGAAUUUCACUUUUUUUUAUUUUUUUUUAUUCUUCUAGCUUCUUCGAGUUGCUUCGUAACUAGG